AGGAAGACCUCCAGAAGCUCCCCGCUCAGCGCGGAUGUGUUUGCGGCCUGUGAGAGUAGGCGCUUCGGCACUAGUCUCUCGGGUAGCGGCGCGCAGAAAUCUCGAGCUGGUGGAACCCCCUUGUAAUCUGGAGUCCGGAAGGCCGCGAAGACAAUACAGUUUCCUCAGCGGCGGACCGCUGUGGUAAGAAUGUCUUUCCCCCCUCAUUUGAAUCGCCCUCCCAUGGGAAUCCCAGCACUCCCACCAGGGAUCCCACCCCCACAGUUUCCUGGCUUUCCACCACCUGUACCUCCAGGGACUCCAAUGAUUCCUGUACCAAUGAGCAUUAUGGCUCCUGCUCCAACUGUCUUAGUACCCACUGUGUCCAUGGUUGGAAAACAUUUGGGAGCACGGAAGGAUCAUCCAGGCUUGAAGGCUAAAGAAAAUGAUGAAAACUGUGGUCCCACUACUACAGUUUUUGUUGGCAACAUUUCUGAAAAAGCCUCAGACAUGCUUAUAAGACAGCUCCUUGCUAAAUGUGGCUUGGUUUUGAGCUGGAAGAGAGUACAAGGCGCAUCUGGAAAACUUCAAGCCUUCGGAUUCUGUGAGUAUAAGGAGCCUGAAUCAACCCUCCGUGCACUCAGGUUAUUGCAUGACCUGCAGAUUGGAGAGAAGAAGCUACUUGUUAAAGUUGAUGCAAAGACAAAGGCACAACUGGAUGAAUGGAAAGCAAAGAAGAAAGCUUCUAAUGGGAAUGCCAGGCCAGAAACUGUCACUAAUGAUGAUGAAGAAGCCUUAGAUGAAGAAACAAAGAGAAGAGAUCAGAUGAUCAAAGGGGCCAUUGAAGUUUUAAUACGGGAAUACUCCAGCGAGCUCAAUGCCCCCUCGCAAGAAUCUGACUCUCACCCCAGGAAGAAGAAGAAGGAAAAGAAGGAGGACAUUUUUCGCAGGUUUCCAGUGGCCCCACUGAUCCCUUAUCCACUCAUCACUAAGGAGGAUAUAAAUGCUAUAGAAAUGGAAGAAGACAAAAGAGACCUGAUAUCCCGAGAGAUCAGCAAAUUCAGAGACACACACAAGAAACUGGAAGAAGAGAAAGGCAAAAAGGAAAAAGAAAGACAGGAAAUUGAGAAAGAACGGAGAGAAAGAGAGAGGGAGCGUGAAAGGGAACGAGAAAGGCGAGAACGGGAACGAGAAAGGGAAAGAGAACGUGAACGAGAAAAGGAGAAGGAACGGGAGCGGGAACGAGAACGGGAUAGGGAUCGUGACCGGACAAAAGAGAGAGAUCGAGAUCGGGAUCGAGAGAGAGAUCGGGACCGUGAUCGAGAAAGGAGCUCAGAUCGGAAUAAGGAUCGCAGUCGAUCAAGAGAAAAGAGCAGAGAUCGUGAAAGGGAACGGGAGAGGGAAAGAGAGAGAGAGAGAGAACGGGAACGAGAAAGAGAACGAGAGCGAGAGAGAGAGCGAGAAAGGGAACGGGAGCGCGAGAGAGAAAAAGACAAGAAGCGGGACCGAGAAGAGGAUGAAGAAGAUGCAUAUGAACGAAGAAAACUUGAAAGAAAGCUCCGAGAGAAAGAGGCUGCUUAUCAAGAGCGCCUUAAGAAUUGGGAAAUCAGAGAACGAAAGAAAACCCGGGAGUAUGAGAAAGAGGCUGAAAGAGAAGAAGAAAGAAGAAGAGAAAUGGCAAAAGAAGCUAAACGACUAAAAGAAUUCUUAGAAGAUUAUGAUGAUGAUAGAGAUGAUCCCAAAUAUUACAGAGGAAGCGCUCUUCAGAAAAGGUUGCGUGAUAGGGAAAAGGAAAUGGAAGCAGAUGAACGGGAUAGGAAGAGAGAGAAGGAAGAGCUAGAGGAAAUCAGGCAGCGCCUUCUGGCAGAAGGGCACCCGGAUCCAGAUGCAGAGCUCCAGAGGAUGGAACAAGAGGCUGAGAGGCGCAGACAACCACAAAUAAAGCAAGAACCAGAAUCAGAGGAAGAGGAAGAAGAAAAGCAAGAAAAAGAAGAAAAACGAGAGGAACCCAUGGAAGAGGAAGAAGAGCCAGAGCAAAAGCCCUGUCUCAAACCAACUCUGAGGCCCAUCAGUUCUGCCCCAUCUGUUUCCUCUGCCAGUGGCAAUGCAACUCCCAACACUCCUGGAGAUGAGUCUCCCUGUGGUAUUAUUAUUCCUCAUGAAAAUUCACCAGAUCAACAACAACCUGAGGAGCAUAGGCCAAAAAUAGGACUAAGUCUUAAACUGGGUGCUUCCAAUAGUCCUGGUCAGCCUAAUUCUGUGAAGAGAAAGAAACUCCCUGUAGAUAGUGUCUUUAACAAAUUUGAGGAUGAAGACAGUGAUGAUGUACCCCGAAAAAGGAAACUGGUUCCCUUGGAUUAUGGUGAAGAUGAUAAAAAUGCUGCCAAAGGCACUGUGAACACUGAAGAAAAGCGCAAACACAUUAAGAGUCUCAUUGAAAAAAUCCCUACAGCCAAACCUGAGCUCUUUGCUUAUCCCCUGGAUUGGUCUAUUGUGGAUUCUAUAUUGAUGGAACGACGAAUUAGACCAUGGAUUAAUAAAAAAAUCAUAGAAUAUAUAGGUGAAGAAGAAGCUACAUUAGUUGAUUUUGUUUGUUCUAAGGUUAUGGCUCAUAGUUCACCUCAGAGCAUUUUAGAUGAUGUUGCCAUGGUACUUGAUGAAGAAGCAGAAGUUUUUAUAGUCAAGAUGUGGAGAUUAUUGAUAUAUGAAACAGAAGCCAAGAAAAUUGGUCUUGUGAAGUAAAAUUCAUUUUACAUUUAGAGUUCCAUUUCAGAUUUCUUCUUUCCCACCCUUCAAAGGACUUUAAAUUUUUUUUUUUGUCUUCAAAGACGUUUGUGAGAUCUGUAAUUUUUUUUUUAAUGUAGAAAAUGUGAAUUUUUUUGUCCUCUAAUUUGUUAAUGCCAUGUGUACUCCCUUGGUUGUAAAGACAUCUGAAUCCUACCAUGGUUCUCUUUAUACUCACCAGGUACAAAUUACUGGUAUGUUUUAUAAGCCGCAGCUACUGUACACAGCCUGAUAUAAUUUUGUUCUGCUGAUUUGUUCCUUGUAAAUAUUAAAAUGACUCCCCAAUUCUUUUGCAGAAUUGCACUUAAUAUUGAACUGUACUGUAUAGGCACCAACAUGAACGAUUUUAAAUUGAAAGAAUACCAGUCAUACCUAUUACCCUUAUCCCCUUGAUCAAAAAUGGCAGGCCCUCAUGAUGGCAUGGAAUUUAAAAUUAGAGUGCAAAAAGUAGCAGACAAUCCAUUCCUACUGUAUCUCUGUAUGAAUGUGUUUGUGUGAAUGUAUGUAUAAAAGUCUUACUUUUCCCUGAUUUGCUUUGGAAGUUUCCCUGAAACAUUUCCUAAUUGAAGACUAGAAUUGUAAAGGAAACAUGGUAUUGUGCCAACCCAAAUGUCUGGGAUAAUUAGGUUAUUAGUCUCCCGGAGUAUGGUAUUCUCUUGUGGCAAGCAACAGUCUGUUGAACGGAAUGGGUUUUUCUGUUGAAAGCUGGCUGCGUCAGCCUCUCUUUUAAGGGAGAGUGAGUCACAGUGGUUUUCCCCCCUGAUUUCAUUGUUCAGGUAUGAGGCAGAUCCUUAGAUUCUGGAGAGCUUUAUUUAAUGCAUUUUUUGCACUAAUUGGUCCUUAGUUUAAUUUUGUACCCCUUUGUUUAAAAAAAAAAAAACUUCAUUCAAAAAGCUUAAGUGAAAAAAAUCUUUUUUAAAAAUAAGCAAAAGAUAAAAUUAGGCAAUUUUACAGACUAGGAAUGUUUGACAAAAUACAAUAGGAAUUUAGCAUGGCAGUUUACGAAGUUUACAUCUUAUUUCUGAGGAUAAAGUAAAUCGUUUAAAGCAGUUACCACUAGUUUUUUGUUUUGUAAAGGGUUUCUAUCUUGUGUGUGUAUAUGCAGGCACACACCUUGUUUACCUCUGCUCAUCAAAGUUUAAAAACAUACUGAUGGUGUUCUUAGAGACAUACAUGGGGCUUUCUUUACUGUAGAUCAGAAAUUCACCAGGGAGCAAAAUUACCUGAAAAUGUAACAAGUUUUAAAUAGUUCUUAACAGAAAUUAGGUGCAGCUAUUCCUGUGUCUGAGUAUUUAUUUUUAAAAAAGAUUGGGCGGGGGAGGGGGUGUUAAAAAAAGCAUAAAAAGCAUAACUGAGCUUGAGUUACUAGAUUUUUUUUUUUAAUCUUAAGAGGACAUUUGAAAACACUGUUCUUAACAUUGGACCAUGACAUGGUUCCAUUAUGUAAAUAUUUCAAAUAUUAAAAAUGUAUAUAUUUGAU